CAGUAGGCUGGUUCGCCGCAGUCAGUGUUUCCCGAACUGCUGUCAGUGACAGUUCAUGCGAUCAUGCGGCGGCGGAUCCUCGAUCAUUGAUCCGUAUCAUUCACGAGAUCCCUCCGAGUUUUUUUGCUCCGACAGUUCUGUCGCGUUGUUGAGUUUUCUCUUUUCUACGUUACGCUGUUCUCCCGUUCUUCGUAAGGCACUGUCCCGGGGGGAUUUUUCGUCGGCUGUCUGCACUCGCGCGCGGCUCGGUACAACGGACAGUUGUUGUUGUUGUUAUUUUGACUGAUUGGAGCAAUCAUGGUAUCGACCGGCAGAACCACCUGGAGGCUGCUGCUCGUCUGCUUGGUGGUGCUGCUUCUAGGCCUCCUCCAGCACACCGAAGGUGCGAGGAAGAGAUUCCGCAGGCCGACCACUUCCGCGCCGUCGAUCUCGAGCGAUCAGGAGGUCUCAGCCAGUGUCAACAGGUUCAAGGUCACGCGAAAUCGUGUCAGCAACAAGAGCUCGAAGAACGAGCUUCAACCCGGCAAGACCAGCGAUUACAAGCUCGUGUGCUAUUACACGAAUUGGUCUCAGUAUCGCACGAAGAUCGGCAAAUUCCUGCCGGAGGACAUUCAACCUGACCUCUGCACCCACGUUAUCUUCGCCUUCGGAUGGCUGAAGAAGAACAAACUGACCAGUUUCGAGUCGAACGACGAGACGAAGGACGGCAAGACCGGCCUGUACGAGAGGGUGGUGAAUCUGAAAAAAGCCAACCCGUCCGUGAAGGUGCUGCUCGCGAUAGGUGGUUGGUCCUUCGGCACGCAGAAGUUCAAGGACGUAUCCUCCACGAGAUACGCCCGGCAGACCUUCAUCUACAGCGCCAUACCGUAUCUGCGAGACAGGAACUUCGACGGCCUUGACAUCGACUGGGAAUACCCGAAGGGUGGGGACGACAAGAAAAACUACGUGCUGCUGCUGAAGGAGCUCCGCGAGGCCUUCGAGGCGGAGGCACAGGAGAGGAAGAAGCCGCGUCUCUUGCUGACCGCUGCGGUGCCGGUCGGGCCUGACAACGUCAAGAGUGGAUACGACGUGCCCGCGGUUGCGAGUUACCUGGACUUCAUCAAUCUCAUGGCCUACGACUUCCACGGCAAGUGGGAGAGAGAAACCGGUCACAACGCCCCGCUGUACGCCUCGUCAUUGGACUCGGAGUGGCAGAAACAAUUGAGCGUCGACAAUGCGGCCACAAUGUGGGUCAAGCUCGGCGCGCCGAAAGAAAAGCUCAUUAUAGGCAUGCCCACGUACGGCCGGUCCUUCACCCUUUCGAACCCGGCCAACUUCCGCGUGCACGCCCCGGCCAACGGCGGCGGGAAAGCCGGCGAGUAUACCAAGGAGUCUGGUUUUCUCGCCUACUACGAGAUUUGCGAAAUGUUGCACAACGGCGCCGCUUACGUCUGGGACGACGAGAUGAAAGUGCCUUAUCUGGUGUACAACGAUCAGUGGGUCGGCUUCGACGACGAGAAGUCCACGAGAAACAAGAUGCGCUGGCUGAAGAGCAAAGGCUACGGCGGUGCGAUGGUGUGGACGGUCGACAUGGACGACUUCAACGGCACCGUCUGCGGCGGGAAUGUGCGAUAUCCGCUGAUCGGUGCGAUGCGCGAGGAACUUAGAGGUAUUUCGCGGGGCUCCAGUGCCAAGGAUAUCGACUGGAGCGCGGUUGCCACCACCAUCACGGAGACGAUCGUGAAGAAGCCGGAGCCUUACAAAGUCUCCGUCUCGGAAGUCCUCAGUAAAUCGAAGAAGCUCCAGAAGUCUACGCAACUCGUGAUCAACACUCCGAUUCAGGAGAGAGAAGCACAGACCAUUUGCUACCUGACUAAUUGGUCGCACAAGAGGCCAGGAAUGGGACGAUUCAAUCCGGAAGACAUCGACCCGACUCUCUGCACUCACGUGGUGUACGCGUUCGCCACCUUGAAGGAGCACCUGCUAACCGAAGGGAGCGACAAAGACGCUGAAAUGUAUCACAGGUUGAUCGCACUCCGCGACAAGAAUCCGGACAUUAAGAUUCUGCUCGCGAUCGGAGGGUGGGCGUUUGGCUCGACGCCCUUCAAGGAACUCACCAGCAAUACCUUCCGAAUGAACCAAUUCGUCUACGAGGCUAUCGACUUUCUGCGAGAAUAUAAAUUCGACGGAUUGGAUGUCGACUGGGAAUACCCGAGAGGAGCCGAUGACCGAAGCGCCUACGUUAAUUUAUUGAAAGAACUCAGGCUGGCUUUCGAGGGUGAGGCGAAGAGUUCCGGCCAGCCAAAGUUAAUUCUGUCAGCCGCAGUACCUGCCAGUUUUGAAGCCAUCGCCGCGGGAUACGACGUCCCCGAGAUAUCCAAGUAUUUAGACUUCAUUAACGUGAUGGCGUACGAUUUCCACGGCCAAUGGGAGAGACAAGUCGGUCACAACAGCCCAUUGUACCCUCUGGAGAGCGCUACCAGUUAUCAAAAGAAGCUGACAGUGGAUUACAGCGCGCGCGAGUGGGUGAAGCAAGGAGCGCCGAAGGAGAAGCUCAUGAUCGGAAUGCCCACGUACGGAAGAUCCUUCACGCUGGUCGACAAGGAGAAGUUCGACAUCGGCGCGCCUGCCUCCGGCGGCGGCGUGGCGGGUAACUUCACCAACGAGUCCGGAUUCUUGUCCUACUACGAGGUCUGCAGCUUCCUGAACGAAGACAACACGACUCUGGUGUGGGAUAGCGAGCAGCAAGUACCGUUCGCCUACAGGGACGACCAGUGGGUCGGUUUCGACGACGAGAGGAGUCUCAUUAACAAGAUGUCGUGGCUGAAGGAGGAGGGCUUCGGGGGUGUGAUGAUCUGGUCGGUCGACAUGGACGACUUCAGAGGGUCCUGCGGGUCCGGAAGGUAUCCGCUGAUCAAGGCGAUGAAGAAGGAGCUGCAGGGCUACAAGGUCAAGUUGGAAUACGACGGUCCUUAUGAGAGCACCUCGAGAAACGGAAAGUACACCACCAAGGACCCGAACGAAGUGAUGUGCGACGAGGAGGACAAUCAUAUAUCUUACCACGCGGACAAGAACGACUGCACGAUGUACUACAUGUGCGAGGGCGAGCGCAAGCAUCACAUGCCCUGUCCCGUGAAUCUGGUCUUCAACCCCAACGAGAACGUCUGCGACUGGCCGGAGAAUGUCGAGGGCUGCUUGCAGCACACGCAGGCGCCGCCCGUGUAGAAAGAGGCGCGCGAGCAGCGUAUAAAAUAAAGUGAAUUUCUCUCUUCACACACGCGAGCGGGCGCCAAAUUGUAAAAAAAAAAAAAA